UCUGUUGGUAAAACAUUCCAGUGAAGACUCUGAGGGCUUUUCCUGACACAGACACACACACACACACACACACUCAGACUCAGCACAGUGGACUAGGACCGCUCCGACUCUCAGCCAUGAUCAGAACUCUCCAGUUCCUCGUUGUGGUUCUGCUCUGUGGCCUGGCCUGGGCCCAGCAGCAGGCCCUGAUGGACUACUUAGAGAGGAGGCUGCUGGCCAUUGAGGACCGAAUCUCCCUGUGGCACGAGCAAACGAGCCGCUACGCCUCGGAGCUCCGUGAGCUGAAGCAGCAGAUGGUGGCUCAGCUGGAGGGCCUGGACAAGAACAAGGAAGCGCUGCGGAGCGAGCUGGACUCGGUUGGCGCGAGAGUGGACCGGGUGGAGCGCGAGAUGGACUACCUCGAGACGCAGAACUCUGCCCAGCCCUGCGUGGAUGUGGACGAUAAGCUGGUGGAGCAGCAGGUGACUGUGGUGAAGGAAAGGAACAAGGCCAAGUACGCCAAGCUGACGGACUGCAGUGACAUGAUUGCCAGCAUCAAAGGCAUGAAGAUCCUCAAGCGGGUGGGCGGCACUAAGGGAAUGUGGACCAAAGACAUGGGCAGCUCCUCUUCAGGGAAGCUCUACAUCUUCAACAGCACCGGAGAGAACACGCUGUACGAAUUCAGCUCAGUCCGAGACUUCACCUCGUCCCAGGGCACCUCAGGGGCUACGACUGUCCAGCUGCCAUCGGCCUGGGGGGGCAUGGGCCACGCCGUGUACAACAACCACCUGUACUACAUGAAAGACGGUGAGGACAGACAGCUCAUGAAGUUCGACCUGCAGAAAAGUAUGGUGGUGGACAGCGCGGUGUUCCCGGCUAAAGACCCGCUGCCCGUCUACACCCUGAACCCGGACACGUACGUCGACCUGGCUGCAGACGAAGAAGGUCUGUGGGCGAUUUACGCAACCAAAGAAACCGAGAACCACAUCUCUCUAGCUAAGGUGGACCCCAAAACGCUGGCCAUCGAGCAGAUGUGGGACACCCCGUGCCUGAGAGAAAACGCAGAGGCGGCAUUCGUGGUCUGCGGGACCGUCUACGUGGUGUACAACUCCAAGCUCCCCAGCCGUUCUCGUAUCCAGUGUGUAUUCGAUGUGAGCGACAUGGUGACCAACGAUGAUGCUCCCGCUGUGUUUUUCCCCAAACGCUACGGAACACACUCGAGCCUGAAGUACAGUCCACUGGAGCAGCUGCUGUACGCCUGGGACGACGGAUAUCAGAUUCUUUACAAGCUGCAGAUGAAGAAGAAACUGGAGGUGUAGGAAAUAUUAAACAGAAAGUAUGGCACGCUGCCAAAUAAAGAAAAUAAAUAUAAAAAAAGAAAUUUUCCAAUACAGCCAAUACAUAUACCAUAUUUUUCGCAUUAUAAGGUAAUGGUAUACAUUUUACCAGUCAGGUUGUAAGGAACAGUGAAGCCACUCCAAUGAAGUGCAGCGUUAUAAAAGAGUUUCAGUUUAGUUCUCCAGCAGGAUUAGCAUUAGCCGCUAACCACUCAAAGCACUAGAUCUUUGGCAGCCCAGAGGUGAGUAUGUUGGAGUGUAGUUUGCUGCUAACCCCAGAUAGCACUGCUGGAGCAGCAUUAGCAUUACCCACUCUCCACACUUUUGCUGUUCAGAGGUGAGAAUAUCAGACUGUAGUCUGCGCAUUUAUCGUGAUAAAACAAGCUUUGUAGGUAACAAACCGCUAGCUAAUAUCAAACUGGCUUACCGGAGCACUCAGGGUUCCUCAGUGUUGCGCUGUCUGGUGGCAUUAGUUGCUAACCGCUAGCAGAAAUCUGUAAAGCUGUGAAGCUUACUGUAAAGAAACCAAAGUGCUUUACUCACCCAAAUAAACAGUUUUCAGGAGAGAAAUCUGUGUAGAUUAACAUCCAGCGCUCAUUUCACAUAUCUGACUCGUCUGAAAUAUAUAUUUUUAAGAAUUACAGUUUUGUUUACUUAGCUUAGCUUUACUUGCUGAAUUAAGAAGGAAAACAUGGUGACACCCCUGUUCCUACUACUAGUUAAUUACUGCUAGUGUCACAUCAAAUGCACCUUAUAGUGCGAAAAAUACGGUACACAGUACAACUGGAUCUAAUAACUGAUACUUUAACUUUGAUAUAUUUGCUGAAAUAUGUCUUUAUAAUGGGGCAAAACUUUGCUGUGUUAAGCAAACUUGAGUACAGUAUAGUAGGGUUAGGGAAUUAUUUUAAAAUGAAUAAAAAAAAAAACUAAACUGUAAUUUAGAUCCAAAUCAAACCAAGUAAUUGUGUAUUAUUAAUAACUGACAGAACCUUGUUGGUUAUUUAAUUUUUCAUGUCUGUGUUCAUGUAGUCUACAGUCCCAGCAUACUGAUGUGAGUGUAGCAGCAUGAAAGCACUCCAACUCCCAACUUUGCAACUCCAGCAGCUAAUACUAAAGAAAAUACAUAAAAAAAAGUUAUCAAGGUAAAAUUCGAUUGUGAUACUGAUCAUACAGAUUGGAGAAAAAAAAAACAAAUUUGAUGGAACCACACUGUAUCGAAAACAUUUACAAUAAUGUUUAUAUUUCAUGUAUUUUACUGUGAAUUAAUUCCGAUGCCAGUAUUUGAACUGGACCAAAAUUAAAACAGUAUACCUCCCUCAUUUCCACUCUCUAUAUCAAAAAUUGUCAUCUGAAACAGCCGCACAUUUUCCUCCAACUAUAGCUUAUAACAUGGUGUUUUGCCAAAAAUGUAUAUCGUAAAUUUUGCAAAACCCAUGUUUCUCCAACCUGGCAGCUUUAAAGAGGAUGAAUAAAUCCUUCUUAUCUUUUAUCGGAGGAAAAAAGUGUUAUUCCUAGUAAUUUUGGGCCACUCCUCAUCAAAUAGUGGUACGAUCAAUCUAAAGAGCAACCGCUAGAUUCACAUUACUGAAACCAUUAUUGAUACAAGGAUUUUGUCUGAAAGUAAUUAUAUAUAUAUUUUGCUAAAUACAGACACUGCCCAUGAACACCUGCUGUAGUAACUUGCAAGCUAAUCAAACUGUACUACUUAUGAAUCAAUCGUCACUGUCUUGCAUAAAUAUUUGUAUCUCCAAAAUGUAAACUUUACAGGAACAGAAAAGUAAAUGUAAAAAGAUCAUUUUACAUUGUUUAAUUUUGAAGCUUUUCUAUUGGUCCAUUCAUCAUGAAAUUUACUAGAUUCACAUUAUACUAAAAACAAACCAAAAAAAGAUAUGGAGAUACAAGGGUUUUGCCUGACAGUGACAAAAAAAAAACCAAACAAAUAAAAUGUACUACCUAAACAGUUAUUUGCAAAAGUUUCUUGCGUCUGUAUUUGAAAUAUCUUCAUUUAUUAUGUGUAACACUUUUUUUUCUAGCUGUUUAUUAAAGUUAUAAACCUGGGAGAAUUACA